AUGUUUAUGAUUUUUGGGACUGAAAGUGAAGACAACGUCGAGUUAUUACACUUUGGAGAUCAAGUAACAUUUUAUUCGAACGAUGAAGAUGGUGGAUUGCUAUGUAUGGAGGGUCAAAUCAGCAAUAAACCAAACGUAACACGGAUCAAUAGCGAAGGAAAUUUUGCAACGUCGUUAACAAGGGAUUGUCGGUUCUUUAUACUUGCUAUGCAAAAGUACUUAAAUGAAAAUUGUUUAGAAAAUGAGACGCGUUUUCGACCAGAUAAACUAAUCGGGGAGUUUGGGGGUGAUAAUGAGCAGGACAGCAAAUUACAAAGGCGUUUACAAGAGUCCGUAGUUUAUUAUGGUAACAUUAUCCAGCUUCUUCACGUAAAGUCGAAUAAAAUACUUCGAGCUAAAAAGCAAUUAUCUCCUGAAUUUAAAGAUGCUUCUGUACGUUUUACAUUGGAAGAAUAUCAAGGUGAUGAGUCAUGGUUUAUAAUUCAACCAUCAUAUAAACACAAACAAAUAGGUGAUCCGGUUGUGAUCGGGGAUAAAGUGACUCUAUUCGCCUGUCGUGCUGGUUGUGCAUUGAACAUUAAACAACUUAAUUCAAAUACUAAACAGCAUAAAUUAAUGUCUGAUACUAAUCAUCAUGAAAUUAAUAAUAAUAAUACCAGCUGGCAAAUUAAUCUUUAUUUAAGUUAUCAAGAUAAUUUAGAACAUAUAUUGAAAGGGGGUGAUAUCAUUAGAUUGUUUCAUAGUGAAGCAGAAAAAUUUCUCACUUGUGAUGCAUAUGAAAAUGAGUUACAUGUAUUUUUGCGUACUACAUUUCGAGCAGCUACCACUACAGCCAAAAGUUCAAAAGCCUUGUGGGAGGUUGAGGUAAUUCAUUCGGAUUGUAGGCGUACUGGAGCUGGACACUGGAACAGUUUAUUUCGUUUAAAACAUUUAAUUACUGGACUAUAUCUCUGUCCUAAGGUUAUCGAAAUAAACAAUAAAUCUGGAGAACAAGGUGCUUUUUGUAAACAAGACCAAGAUGAUGGUUGUAUCGAAUCUUUUCUGACUUUAUCCAAAGAACCGACAUAUGAAACUGUUUUUGAGAUGGAUUCAACAAGUCAUUAUAAAGAAAGUGAUGGAUUUAUACCAAAUAAUGCAUUUGUACGUAUUUGUCAUACAGCCUCACGAAUGUGGAUUAAAGCUAGUGAUAUUCCUAUUGAUACUGACGCGGAUAAACCUAUAAUGUAUAAGCUUAAUCUUACUUCGUUUAAAGAUAACAAAGAAGUAUUCGCUAUUCUUCCCGUACCAGCGAAUGUUGUGAGAGAUUUGGAUUUUGCCAGCGACUCCUUCAAAGCACUUAGAGCUAUUCUCUGUAUAUUGAAUGAACAAGGAAAGUUAACAGAAACUCAAAUGAGAUCACUUAUAUUUAUUUUAUCAGAGUUAGUAAUGUUUCUUAACGGGAAUACACGUUUAACAUUUGAGUCGACCAAUCCAACUAUACAAAAUGAAAUAGGCUUACGGGAUAGACAGAAGUUAUUACGUGAACACAAUAUUAUUGCACAAAUCAUUAAUAUGUUAAACAGUAAAGUUAUUAGUAAUUUACCAAAACAAUCUACAUCAAUUGUAAAUAAUCAUUUAAUUAAUUCAAAUAUUUUAAUAUGGAAACCAGAUAUUUCUUUAAUAUCUAUUCUACAUGAAACAGAAAUGAAUACAAUUGAUUCACAACAACAAGAUAUUUAUUUAGAUGAAAAAAAUGAAAUAUUAGCCUGGCAAACUGUUGGAAAUCUUUGUUAUCGAAUACUUACAUUAUCACAACAUGGUUAUAGAAAAAAUCAGGAGUAUCUAGCACAGUAUCUGAAUUUGAUGCAAACCCACAUUGGCUUAGGUAUAAGAGCAUCAGAGACGAUUACUGCUCUAUUGCAUAACAAUCGACAGUUACUUGAAAAACGUGUUGGUGAACUAGAAGUUUCUGCAUUUGUUUCGUUAGUACGUGACAAUAUUGAAGCCCGAUUUUUGAAUUAUUUAUCAGCGUUAUGUAGUUCUUGUGGUGUAGCAAUUCCUGUUACACAAGAACUUAUUUGUCAUCAACUAUUAUCUGAGAAUAAUGAAGAUUUAUUAGUAGAAACAUGCAACAAAACAUUUAUUGAUUCAGAAAACAACAACUAUACAACAGAUAUUGUUACUUUAAUCUGGAAACAGACCUAUUUCAUGGAUGAAUAUUUUUGGAAAAAUAUUCAUUCUAAUUUAAUUUUAAAUCAAUCAGAAUGGAAUCAAACACAAAAAGAUUAUUAUCAAGCACAAAUUGAUUUAUUUGCUUUAUUAUGCCAACAACGACAAUAUAUUGCUAUUAAUUAUUUAUCAACAAAAUUAUCAGUUCAUUUAUUAUUGAAAUGUAUGAGGAAUGAACGGCUUAGACCUAGUCUACGUGCAUCGUUUACUCGGUUAUUAUUAAAUCUUCAUGUAGAUCGAGAUCCUCAAGAAUUGCAUCAACCUAUUCAGUAUGCUCGUUUAUGGAGUACAUUAGGCACAAAGUCAGAUGUUUCCAGUUAUGAGCAAGCAAAUAGUUCCACAGACAAACAAGAAAAUUUCACAACUGAUUUUAUGAAAAUCAAGAAUUUUGUAAAUGAUUAUUUGGAUAAUAUGCUUUCCAAUGGUUGUUAUUUAUCUGAACCUGGGUACAUUAAUUUAACAAAUGAGGUUAUUAAUCUUUCUAAGAAUUUGGUAUUUUUUGGUCUUUACAAUAUUAAAGAACUAUUACUUCUUGGUCAAAAACUUGUAUUCAUGCUCAAUCAAUUGGGGAGUACAAAUGAUUUUAAUUUAUGCAAAAUGAAAGAGAUGAACAACUCAUCAUCAAUACUGAAUAAUUCAAAUGAUAAGAAACUAUUUGAUUUAAAAUUAAAAACUCUGGAUAUCAUUGAAUAUAUUUUAGACGUUCGUAUAGACUAUCAAAUCUACUGUUUAUUAACUACUCUUCGAAGCGUUGAGCAGCCAGAAGCUUGUUCAAAUGACUUGGAGUUAGAGGAUUUGGAAAAAAAGCAAACUUUAGAAUUAUCAAAUGAAAUUAGAAAUCAGCUUUUAACAUUGUUUCCUUUAAACAAUCCAUCACAAAAUCUUGAAAUUAAUGAAUUAUCAAAACAGAAUUCAACAGAGAACAAAUUAACUAUUCUUAAUAUAGAUGGUUAUAAUGGUCAAUUAUUAAUUGGUGUAUUGGCUCGUUUAUGUAUAUCAACUAAUGUUGAAUUAAAAUUAAAAUCAUUACAAUUAUUAUUUCGACAUUUUAGUCAACAAGAAGAAUUAAUCAAUAAAUUAAAACAGGUACAACUUUUAGUAUCAGAUACAGGAAUAAAAAUUUAUCGUCAACUUAAACAACAUUUAGAUACAUUACGUUGUUUAAUUGAAAAAUCUGAAUUAUGGAUGCAUGAUAAAAGUUGUAUGACUAAUUCAAUUAAUAAUAAUAAUAUUCAAAUACUUUGUCAUAUAAUAUCUUUAUGUCAAUUAGAACAUAAUGAUUUAUUGACUUCAAUCAUAGAACAGAAAUCAAAUAAUGUCAUGGAUGUUCUUAGUACUGAAAUCAGUACACAAAUAAAUAAUAGAAUACUUAGAACUAUGGAUAAAUCAUCAUCGUCAUCAUCAUUUCCGUUUGAACAAAUUCAACAACUUUUACGUCAUUUAGGAGUGCAUACUAUACUGAAAGAAUUAUUGAAUAUUCGAUUCAAAUGUACCGAUGUUGUAUUCAAUGAGAUUGUUCAUUUUACGAAAUAUAUUUUAUGUUUAUUUUGUUACAACAAUGAGAUAAACCAAAAAUUAUUAUAUCCGUAUCUUGAUAAAUUCAUCACAACUGAAACUGAUGAUGCUGAAGUCUGCUUGUGGAUGCUAAAAGACAAUACGGAAUUGUGCAUGAUGAUUGACCGUCCAACCAUUAGAAAACUUUGUUUUUUUCUCCAAAAAACCCGUCCACAUGUGCAUUGGCUCGAAGUGCUGAUAACAGUUGUGAAACCGAACGAUGAAGUAUUAAGCCCAGUACGAGAAAUGAUUUCAAAUGAGCUUUGUUCAAUGUUUGACGACACAUUAUUCUUGAUGAAUAGUUUUUCACGUGUACGAAAUAUUUUGGAGUCACUUUUAUCGACAAUAACCUAUUCUAAAUCAUCAUUAUCGUCACCAUUGUGGUCAAUCAUUCAAUUUCCUGAUAAUACAUCUAAACAAGAUUUAUUAUUUAAUUUGAAAUUUUUUCAUUUAUUAAAUAUACUACUAACUGAAGAGAAUGAUAUUUUACUUAAAAAAUAUCGUAAAUGGUUUAAAUUAUCUGAAUUAAUUAACAUUAUUAUACAUCCAGUUAUGAAAUGUAAAAAUUUCUAUCAAUUAAGAAAUGUUUAUAUGGAAAAUUUAGUGAAUUUCUGUUCAAGUCAUAAUUUUAAAAAUAAUUUUAUCAUACAAUAUAGUGAAUCAUUAUCUUUACUUUGGAGAGAUAUUACUGAAGAAUUAGAUAAAAUUUCUCUUAAUCAACUAUCGAGUAAUGAUUAUAAAAUAUUUCUCAGAGAUUCUAUUAUCCCAUGUGUUACGAAAAUUUUUGCCAACAUUCAGUUAUUGGAACAUCAACAACCACAGUUUCAUCUAGAUGCAAGUCGUUAUUUAAUGCAUAAACUGAUGCAAAUGAACAAUGAUUCAUUACUAGGUCCAGCUUCAAUGGAAUGUUCACAAAUGAUAAUGCGUACAAUUCCUUCAGCAAGUCUUCCGGUUUCGCCAGAAUUCUCCUACAAACCGGACAUUUUUAUGACAAAUUCUUAUACAGAUUUAUGUAAAACACUUGAAGACAAAAUCAUUUCUACAAGUGAUAUAACAUCGGAUGACUCGAUAGAUAGUGGAUUGCAGGAUGAAAAUUCACUCGAUUCAAAUAUGUCUGAAAAAGUCAAUGUUAAAACCGUCCAACAAUGUCAGAUGAGUAAGAGUUUGAGUGAAGUUCAAAUGAGUCAAACACUGGAUGAUGCAGAUCGAUCAAUAUCUCAAAACUUUGCGAAGAAUAUAGAAAAGCAGUUCAAUAAUAUGAUUAAAGAAAUUGAACUUCAACUUAGUACAUCCAUUUAUAAAGAAUAUGAUUCAUUAAUUCGAUGCGCGUUUGGAUUUGCUACUAGCCAUUAUCCUUCUUUACUAACAUUUAUGUUGUUUCAUAAGUUGUUUAUAACUAAUUCAGUUUAA